CGUCAGUCAGUUUAGUUUUGGAGUCUUUGUAGGUUGUCGUUCUCUGUGAGCUUGUACGUAGGCGGGAAAUCGAUCGAUACAGCGAUAUCACUAGGCUGAACGAAUAACAUGUUGUGCUUUGUUUGAAAAUAAAGUAGAAUCAACUAUAACGAUAACAAUGGCAAAGUUAAUAGUGCUUUGUGUUGCUGUAUUUCUAACUGCGAAUGCCGAAUUUACUUGGAGACAUCAUAAUAAUGAAGAGUUGCCGUUAAUAUUGGAGGAAGUUCAUCAAAAAUGUCCAAACAUAUCGAGAGUUUACGCUCUUACCGAGCCGUCGGUACAAAAUGUGCCUCUUUACGUGAUAGAAUUCUCGGAUAAACCAGGCAUCCAUCAGCCUUAUAAGCCUGAAGUGAAGUAUAUCGGCAAUAUCCACGGGAACGAGGUGCUGGGCCGCGAGUUGCUGCUAGGUCUGGCCCAUUAUUUGUGUGACCAGUACAUGAACCGCGAUCGUCGGGUCCGAGCGCUCAUACACAACACGCGCAUCCAUCUGAUGCCUUCCAUGAAUCCUGAUGGAUGGCAGUUGUCAACGGACACAGGAACCCAGGAUUAUCUCAUUGGUCGCUACAACAAUCACACUGUGGAUUUGAACCGGAACUUCCCCGAUCUGGACGCCAUCACAUUUGAGUUUGAGAGACAGGGCAUCAACCACAACAACCACUUAUUGAGAGAUGUGACCCGCCUUGCUGCUCCACUUGAGCCCGAGACUCGAGCGGUGAUGCGAUGGAUGAUGUCCAUACCAUUCGUACUGAGCGCGGCCAUGCACGGCGGGGAUCUCGUCGCCAACUACCCGUACGACGAGAGCCGCAGUGGCGCGCCCGUCUCCGAGUACUCGGCCAGCCCCGACGAUGAUACCUUCAGGGAGCUAGCCCUGACGUAUGCGAUGAAUCAUGCCGACAUGGCGUCCCCGCGCCGCCCGGGCUGCCACGCCACUAGCGCCGACGACUCAGCCACCUACAACUUCGGCAAGCAGGGCGGCGUCACCAACGGCGCUGCUUGGUACAGCCUGAAGGGAGGCAUGCAAGAUUUCAACUACUUGGCUACGAACGCCUUCGAAGUGACUUUGGAGCUCGGUUGCGAUAAAUAUCCUAGUGCGGAUAAACUACAGGCCGAAUGGGAGCGGAACAGGGAAGCAAUGUUGGCUUACUUGUGGAAGGCGCAUACGGGAGUGAAGGGUGUGGUGACUGAUGACUCUGGGUUUAUUCAGAACGCUGUCAUCUCCGUGGUGAACAUUACUGGACCGAUACCGAGGCCUAUUCGACAUGAUGUUACUACUGGUGCUUUCGGAGACUACUACCGCCUCCUCACACCUGGCCACUAUGAGAUAACCGCGAGCCACCCCGGCUACUUCUCCGUGUCGCGAGUGGCGACCGUGCCUCACAACCAGAACCAAGCGCACAUUCUGAACUUUAAACUAGAGCCCACAACCAGCUGGUUCGACGACGAGUUCAUGGGCCCGUACCCGCGCGGGCUGCGCGAGGGCCAGCCGCGCAUCUACAAGCGCUCGCUCUACGAGAAGGUCGUCCGCUCCGUGCUGCAGCCCGACAAGCAUUCCACCAAGUAAACCAACCACAGGCAGCACGGUCGCGUUCAUACCUACCCCUCAUCACAGACAGUACAGUGCCACUAAACAUAAUGGAACGCCGUUCGAUUUCUAAUCUUACCAGUAGAAGAUAAGAUAUUAAAUGGAAUAACAUUUCAGUUUGAGUUGUGCUACUGUUCUUGAAAAGCAACAUUGUAUUCUUUUAGGUAUACUAGUUUCUGUGUGUUCUCUAUUUAAGUGAUGUAUUUUCAUUAGCGGGCAGGGCGGAAAUGAUAGAGAUGACGAAAUAUUAUUAUAAAAAAUUCGUCAUAGCUAGUUAGAGACAAAUGAAGGCACAGUACAAGAAGUGUCUUAGUGUACUGAGAUGAAGGGUAUAAACGUGAUCGUGUUCUCACGCGCCGCCACAAGGACGGGAGGCAACUUUCAAGGAAAGGGCAAUAAUAAUAUAUGGUUGGUAUAUUCUUAAUGCAAUUUCCUUUCGGCGACAUUUAUCCGCGCUCAUUUUUUUUUCAAUUUUUAAUGUCAGGGCUAGAGCAGCCUAAUAUGUGCAUUGUUGCAGUAGAGUAAUAAUAACGUGCAGAAGUUUAAGAAAGUCGUCGUGUGAAGUUUCACUAGAUAGUGCCACAACUUUAUUUAUUUUUAGGGUUACAUUUGCAUUGUUUUUUCUUUAACUUAAAGUUUCUUUUAGUAAAUGAAGAUAUCUUUGCGCAUUUAUUCGAUGCUCUCGUCCUGUUUGUCGCAGCGCGAUUUUUGGACAUGUUAGAAAACUGAUUUUCGCCAUUAUUAUCAAACACAUUUUAAAAUAACAUAUGUAUCUCUUUCACCAAAAGUCAGUUUGUAUUUUGACUAAUUUUAACCCUCUCAUUGCCAAAUAUUGUAAUAGAUUUACAUUUCAUAGCAGGUAUUUUAUUUUAUUUAUAAGAAUUUUCUGGCAUUAUGAGGGUUAUAAUUACUUAUUAUUUAAAACUUACUUCUAUCACAACAUUUGAUCAGACAUAACGUACAUAAGUUAGCAAAUAUUGUAUUUAUCGUACUACUAAAGUGCCAUAAAUAGUAGAUGAUUUGGUUAUAUUUUAGAGUAUAUAAUACAAACCCUGGCAAUGUCACAAAGAUUUAGAGCCUACACGGUGUUUAGAUGUUUAUUGUUGCAUGUUACCAGUAGUAAAUAUUUUCUAGUCCUCAGUAAAGUACCUUCUCCUAUGUAUAAAGCUCCGUUAGGUUAGUGGAUGUAAGAGUUAACCCCUCGAGCACUGUUGUUAGCUUGUUGAUACAUUAUUAAGGCGGGGUAUUUUUUGGUGGUAUAUUCGAUGUGAUUUUCUAUCUAGCAAACUUUAUGUUACGUGUAAAUAACGGUUUUCGUUAGUUAAAGUUACGAACGAAUGAUAAUACCAAACGUAACAUUAAGUUACGAAAUACGAAAAACUCGAAUAUACGAGAGUAUAACUUCCCCUGAUGCUAAGAGCAAAUUCUUAUUAAAUAGUCCGCCAAGUCGUCUGCCGUUACUAUACAAACUGCAUGCCUUAAAUGUUUGGAUCAGGGAUGUCACGAAUGUCGCAUUAUCCAGGAUGCGAAUGUCCGAAUGCGAAUACGAAUGUCCAGGAUGCGAAUGUCCGAAUGCGAAUACGAAUGUCCAGGAUGUAAAUGUCCGAAUGCGAAUACGAAUGUUCAGGAUGCGAAUCUCCGAAUGCGAAUACGAAUGUUAGGAUGUGAAGUUGUUAUUAUCAUUCCUAAUUAGAAAAUAAUCUGUUAGUGCAUAAAACAUAAAUGUACCCUUAGAACGAAAUGUUAUAAAGUGUUAAGAAAUGCUGUUGACUGGUCAAAAUGCAUUACGUUAAACAGUUUUCGCGCACUGCCCAUACGCGGGUCGAUGAGACAGGACAUGGUCUGUGCACAUUCGCAUUAGCAAAACAUUCGCUUCAUUUGAUGCGAAUGCGAAUGUCGAGGCGAAUGUUUAAAACGAUGCGAAUAUUCGUGACAUCCCGUUUGGAUGUCUGAAAUUUUAUACGUACUUACGAACACUAGCAAUAGGGAACCCGAAAAUGACAUCUAUGCCGAUAAUAAACUAGCAUGACAGCAGUCAUCAAGGGGUUAAGUAGUUAUUAGUAUUUUGUUGAAAAUAAUGAGAUUUGUAUAAUUAUUAAUUUUAUAACCUUUAAAUAUUGGCAGCUAAAGUUUUCUAAACUAUUUAUUUUUAAUGUUUUACUUUUUUAUAUCUAUUCUAUAAUUAUUGUGAGAUGUAUGUACCGUGAUAUAUCUGAACUCGAAUCAUUCCUCUUAACUCGACCACUUAACCAUUCCUCUAAAUAUAGUUAAUUAUUGUAAUGUAACGUGUAAACUUGUAGGUUAUAAUAUUUAUGUAAAAUUCACAAGUGUUUGACACUAAGUAAUAAAUUAAAUAUGAGAUUUUGUGUGA